UUGAGCCACAAUGGCGGACUCAAUGAAGCCGAGCGAGGAGAGGAUUUCUCCCACUAACGAGUCCUAUACAAACAAAAUGUCCAACUACUCGGGCUGCAUGAGUGUGUUGCUCCGUCUCCUGGCUGACUUGGGGAGAGAGCUCAAAUUCGGUGACGCCGCUUUGAGGGUGCAAGUCAACCUGGAUGCAGUGAGUCCUCAGUUGUCGGACGCUGCUCACGCUUACGACUGUCUACAGCGGCACAUCACGAAGCUACAGGCCGUGUCCGAGAGCCUCAAAACCCUGGCGGAGGCUCCAAGUCCCGUGUCACUAGAGACCGAGAAGGAUGCGGCGCGUGACGCCGCGUCCUUGUCUGCCCGCCGACACUCGACGUGGACUCCCCCCUUCCCCGACGCCGCAGACGACGACGUCUUAGUGCAGAUCCGGGCCGGCAAGUCUGAGAUCGAGCGCAGGAUAUCUGCAUUUAUGGCGCGCAAGCAGAUGGAGAUCAAUGAAAACAACGUGCGCGAGUUCUGCAACGUGAUCGACUGCAAUCAGGAGGACAGCUGUGCCAGAACAGACGCCGUGUUCACGCCGUAUCCUGGAUUUAAAAGCCAUGUGAAAGUGACACGAGUGGUGAACACGUACGGACCUCAGACCCGUGCCGGAGGCCAGGGCGAGGCCGGAGAUCAGGCGCGAGGCCCGGCCGCGCGCGACUGCAGCAACUCGGCCGUCGAGGAGCGCCUCAACAACAUCGAGUCUCACCUCAAACUCCCGACAGCGGGCCCAGUUCCCAUGAGCGUCUACCAGAGGCUGAAGAAGCUGGAGGACCGCAUCCUGCAGUUGGAGGGACUCUCGCCAGAGUACUUCCAGUCCACGAACCUCGCACAUAAGAGACUGAAGACAUCACCUGCUCAGGCCUGCAGUCUGACCGAGCUGGAUGAGAAGAUUAGCGCCAUCAAAGCGGCCUUGCUGAAGAAGGCUAACGAAUUCGGCCCCGCAUACGGACCAGAGUACCCGCUCUGACCUGAGUAAUUGUAAAGUUAGGUGGAAUGACCCCUGUGUUAAUAAAAGUAGCUUUAGUGCUUAAUUUGUUGGACUUGUGGCUAAUUUUCCAUGAAUUGAAUUGAGUUUCUGAUUGUUUCUAUUCUCUGCACGUUAAUGUCAAAGGUCCCUACUCUGAGCAGCCAGACAAUUUUUUUUUGUGGGUCAUUUCCAAGUUAAUCAUUAGUUUAGCAUAUGGUACAUGCUAUAUAUGUCAGCAUAGAAUCUGCCCAACCUAACCAGAGCAUCUAGACACUUAUGUCUGGUAAGUGCCAUUCAUUUUUGGUAUAGUUUUUUUGUUUUUGUCAUCAUCAUGCUCUUCAGUAAUUUAGCAUAUGUAGCAUAAAGUGUAUUAAUUAGCAUUGAUUGAGCAGCUGGACAUGUUCUCAUGUUUUGGUAAGUUCCAUCUCCAGUUCCAAUUCAUUGUUUUCGGUCAUUUCAGUGCUCGUCAUUAGUGUAGGAUGCUGCUUGCUAUAUAUGUUAGCAUCGACGCUAACUAACCUGAGAAGCCAGACACUUGUAUGUCAUGUUAGGUUCCAUUUCCGCUUCAAGUUAACUGUUGUUGGAGGUUUUUUUUUUUGGGUUAUUUCCAUGCUAGUCUUUAUCUUAGCACAAGCUACAUGCAUUAGCAUUAGUUCUACCUCACGUGAGCAGCCAGACGCGCUCCAAUUUUGCGGUAAGUUCCAUUUCUGGGUUGAAUUCAUAGUUUGUAUAUGUAUAUAUGUUCAGUAAUUUUCCAUGAUAGGAAUUGGUGCUCAAUGCUCUUUACAUUAGAACAUAUUAGAUUUUGACUUGUCAAAUUAACUUUUUUUGUGUGCGUAAUUGAUGUUAAAUGCAUUGUACUGAACUACCUGAAGUUUUCCUGUCUCCCAAGUUCCAAUUUGUCACACAAAAAAACAACUGCUUGAAAUCAGUGUUAUUGGUUAUCAAUGAUUUGACUAAUAAAC